CAGCAUGUGUCCUUGCGGGAUUUCAAUCCGAUGACGUCGAUGUCAGGCCCCUCGAUGGGGAAGUUUCCUGAGCUUCUUGAGCUUCUCAAAAGUCAGCAACCAACCAAACAUGCAACUUGAUGCUCCGGCCCCCAAAACAGUCUCGGACCUCAGCCUCUAUUCUCAGCUUCAUGAAUGGUUGAGCUUCCAGAUCGAGCACAAUACGGAGUCCGAAUCUGCGGCUGCCAGUUAUUCACGUGUUACCAGGCUGGGGUCUACUUCUGGACUUUGCGGGGCGGAAUUGAAGCCCAGGAUCGAGUAAGCACCGUACGGAGUAUCUGCAAGCUGAGACAGGCCGAUGGACCAACGUCGACACAGCCCGAGCUGAGUUUCAAACCAUCUUGCUUUCUUUCCGUCCUUCUCUUGUCCUCAAUUAGUGAUCUGUGUUACACGCAUAUCGAGUUGGAUUGCUCUACGAAUAAUAUCAACCGGGUUGCGUACCUUGACCAAGCUACUUCGUCUAUUCCUCCACCGGACGAAUAAUCUAAGCACUUCCAAGCACAGUUUGAUCCAUAUCGUCGCUCAACAAGGUGAUUACAGAAGGUAUUUCCUCGUCACAUCCACAGAUUCACAAUGGGAGACUCGCGUCCUACUCAUGCCCACUCCGAUGCCGAUGGCCAUUUCCGCCGCAAAGAGAGUCAGUUCCGCAACUUCAUCUCUACAGAACCCGGUUCAAAGUUUCCUCCCGAGAAGGAUAGAUAUGCGCUCUACGUCAACUAUGGCUGUCCCUGGGUACUUCGACCUCUUGUAUACUUCCAUCCUCGACAAGCGCAGUCACUGACAGUCCUCGCAGGCCCACCGAACUAUUCUCGUCCGCGCUCUCAAAUCGCUCGAGCCCUUCAUCCAGCUGAUCACGACCGACUUCAACUUGACCGAAAAUGGCUGGCUCUUCACCGGCCGCAACGGCUCCGAUCCCGUCGACCCUUUGUAUGGCUUCACCUGCCUGAAACAACUCUACCUGAAAGCAGACCCACAGUACGAUGGCCGCUUCACAGUCCCCGUCUUAUGGGAUAAAAAAACAUACACAGUCGUGAACAAUGAGUCUAGCGAGAUCAUUCGUAUGCUCUACGACAGCUUCGACGAGUUCCUCGAGCCAGAUCAGCGUGAAGUCAAUAAGCCUGGAGGCGGAUUCUAUCCGGCACACCUUCGCAAACAGAUUGAUGAGAUGAAUGAAUGGGUCUAUAACACAGUCAACAACGGUGUGUACAAGUGCGGCUUCGCAACAACUCAAGAGGCGUACGAUACCAAUGUCUAUCCACUCUUCAAAUCAUUGGAUCGACUUGAAACACAUCUUGCAGAUCCGAACCACCAGCCGUACCUGUUUGGCGAGCACCUCACUGAAGCUGACGUGAGGCUAUACACGACAAUGGCACGCUUCGACGUAGCAUACUAUAACAUAUUCAAUUGCAACCUCAAGAUGAUCAGGCACGAUUAUCCGCGAUUGUCGAAGUGGCUCCGCAAUCUGUAUUGGGACACGUCUGAUCGAACGAAUGGCGGUGUUUUCAAGAAGACCACCUUCUUCGAGGUGUAUAAGUAUGGUUACCUGCGAGCUAAGGGCCGCCAAAGUCACGGUGGCAGCGAUGUUGGUUGGUCUGUAAUCAUCCCGCGCGGACCAGUUCCAGAUAUCGAGCCUUUGACCGAUGAAGAAGAGAAGGAACUCAUCAACGGCACUGCUCAGAAGUUCAACGGUCUCAGGCUCGAUAGCAAUGGUGUCGGUGCCAGCCCGACCAGCAACAACCCCUUCUCAGCUCAGGGUGAAGGCCGCGGGAUGGGCGCCAUUUUUGGCGCAGAUGUCGACUCGCCUACCGAUGGCGUUGCAAGUCCCAUGACGAGUACCACCGUGGGGUCACCGUCAGCGUCCAGAGCUGGCGAUGACGACAAUGAGACAGGUUUCGAUGAGAAUGGCGAGUUCCAUCCACGCAGAAUGAUCAAGCGGCGCACUACGUACGGUGAGGAGAAUGCCAAAUGGUACAAGGCCGCAAAGAAGGCAGUGAAGAAGUCGGGUGCUCCGACAAUGCAUUUAGCCUUGUAAAUGGGUGUUGAACGUUGGGGAAUCCUGGUUCUCAGCAAAGUUGAAGUGAAAUCUAGUAUGGCAUUGCUUUGCUCAAGCUCGCGAAUGAUCUAGACCCAGCCACAGGCAAAAGUGAAUUGUAACUGUUACCAUUAGCCAUGGUGGCCUACAUUUGAUGAUUCGAUUGUUUCUCAAGACAACGACGCGCCAACAGCCGUAUCACGGGGGAGACUCGUGAUCGCAAAUUCCAGGCAGGAGGGAGAUUCAGCUGACCUGUAUUAUCAACCGAGCCCGAAUCUUUUUGCAAUUUCCAGAAAACCUCCCUUGCCUUCGUCCAGGCCAAUCCACAUAUCAACCCAACCUUCUCGUUUGGCUUUUGCCGUGUCCUCGGAGGGCCACGACUCUUCUUGGGCCCUGGCG